UGAGCCACCCAGGCGCCCUCCAAGCUCGUGAUUUUUUAAUGAACUAAAAUCUGUAAUACUGAAUCAACGUCUCUAAAUUUUACUCUUUCAUUUUCCAAUCCUGCCUUUUUUGCUCAGUUGUUAACUUGCUGUCAUGAUUGUUUAGAAAGUCGACCCGAUAUUUAGACCAGGAAGGGGUAUGUGUGGUUUCUUUCUCUCAUCUCGGGUAGUGGCCUCUUUUACUAAGACCUUCUCAAUAUGGCGGUCAGAUCAUGUUUCCAGCCUCAGGGUCCACACAGAGAAUCGUGCCGUUGGGAAACUGCUGCUCAAGCAGAAAGGUUCUGGGCGGCUGACGUGGCAUCCCAGUUUCCAGGGUCUACCAGCUGUGAGAAACAGCAGGCUGUCAGGAUGGGCUAUAGCAGCAACAGCAACUCCUGAUUUAGGGGCAAGAGAUGAAGAGAAAAUAACUACACAACCGAUUAAAAACACGAGAGUAAUUCUGAGGGUCAGGGAUGGAAUUUUGGGCUCCCCAGUGGCCACGGCAGCCAUGGGGGAGGCCCACAGCACCAGCAAAGGAUCCAAGCCGAGGGCUUCGGAGAGAUGGAAUUCAUCGGCCCGUUCCUCACUCUUGGCACAAUGGAGAGAGGUACCACGGGAGCCCCCCGUCACAGCAGGACCCCAGGACAGACCACCAGCAGCCCUGUUAUGUGUCCAGGCCUGGGGAAAGGCAUCAUCAGCCUGUGUCCAGGGUUGACUAUUAUGAAGGUGGUUAUCCCAGUCAGUUGUAUUCAAGGCCAGGCAUGGAGGAUCUGUAUCGGAGCUAUCAUUCUUCAACCCUAAGGGAAGAAUAUGCUUAUGGAAAUUAUUACUACCAUGGACACCCGCAGCAGCUGCAGGAAGAAAGAGUGCCAAGGGGAGAGAGUCCCUAUAUCUGGCAGGAAGAUCACCGAGAUCAGAAGUACCGCAGUGAGUGGCAUCACGACAACCAGAGUCCUCUAUCCAAGAGUCAGAACCCUUAUAAAGACAGCGCUGCUUCUAACACUGGACAGGAGCGGCCUGAGGACCUAGUUCCGGAGAGGCUGCCACCUGGAACCCAGAAGAAUAAGCCACCACUGGCCGACGAGUCCAACCUUCUGCAGCAGCACGAAUCUGGUCUCAGCUCCAGCGCCUACGAGCUCAGCCAGUACAUCGGCGAUGCGUCUGAGAUGUAUGAGCCCAGGGCACCAGCAGCUUGGAGUCCAGUUCAGGCCGGGGAUGUCUCGGCAGCUGGUCCCAAGGAGCCCAUGAAGUUCUACAUCCCUCAUGUGCCAGUGAGUUUUGGGCCAGGAGGCCAGCUGGUGUGUGUGGGUCCCAGGUCUCCCAGGGAUGGACAAACAGCCCUUGUGGAACUGCACAGCAUGGAGGUUAUUCUUAAUUACUCCGAGGAACAAGAGGAGCUGAGGACUUUCUCAGGACCCCUAAUCAGGGAAGAUGUACACAAGGUGAACAUCAUGACAUUUUGCCAGCACAAAGCAGCUCAGAGCCUAAAAUCUGAGACAGAGAGGAGCAGAGACUCAGCUCUACUGUGGCAAUUGUUGGUUCUCCUUUGUCGGCAGAACGGGUCCAUGGUGGGGUCUGACAUCGCGGAACUACUGAUGCAAGAUUGCAAGAAGCUGGAGAAGUACAAGAGACAGCCGCCGGUGGCCAACCUCAUCAACCUGACGGAUGAGGACUGGCCGGUGCUGAGCUCAGGGACCCCGAACCUGCUCACCGGGGAGAUUCCCCCCAGCGUGGAGACACCUGCACAGAUCGUAGAGAAAUUCACUAAACUGCUCUACUACGGAAGGAAGAAGGCAACCUUGGAGUGGGCCAUGAAGAACCACCUGUGGGGUCACGCUUUGUUCCUCUCCAGCAAGAUGGACCCAAGGACCUACAGCUGGGUUAUGAGUGGCUUCACCAGCACGCUAGCCGCCAACGACCCACUGCAGACCCUCUUCCAGUUCAUGUCGGGGAGGAUCCCACAAGCAGCCACGUGCUGUGCGGACAAGCAGUGGGGAGACUGGAGGCCUCACUUGGCUGUGAUUCUGUCGAAUCAGGGUGGGGACCCGGAGCUGCUUCAGCGAGCGAUUAUCACCAUGGGGGACACCCUGGCGGGGAAGGGGCUGGUGGAGGCCGCCCACUUCUGCUACCUCGUGGCCCACGUGCCCUUCGGCCACUACACCGUGAAGACAGACCAUAUGGCCUUGCUUGGCAGCAACCACAGUCAAGAGUUUUUGAAAUUUGCAACGACUGAGGCUAUCCAGAGGACGGAAAUCUUCGAGUACUGUCAGAUGCUGGGCCGCCCCAAAUCCUUCAUCCCUUCUUUCCAGGUGUAUAAGCUCCUUUAUGCUUCCCGGCUGGCAGAUUACGGCCUUGCGUCCCAGGCCUUACAUUACUGUGAAGCCAUUGGCGCGGCCCUCCUUAGCCAGGAAGAGAGCAAUCACCCAGUGCUAUUAGGGGAACUCAUCAAGCUAGCAGAGAGAUUGAAGCUGUCAGAUCCCUUGGUUGUAGAGAGACACCGUGGAGACAGGGACCCGGAGCCAGCCUGGCUGGUGCCCCUUCGCAGGCGAUUUGAGGAGCUGGUGCCCCUUCGCAGGCGGCUCGAGGAGCUGGCGCACAAGGUAGCAGGAGACACUGGGGAUCUUCGUUCUGCUCACUCAGAUACUUCGGGAGCCAGAGGGACGGCAGAAAGCACUUUCUACCAUGAUCUUUCGGGACAUCAAAGCGACUCAGGAGCCCUUGGGGACCGCUCAGCCUUGUGGCCAGCCCUAGAGCGGACGUGGCCGUCCCAGCCCAGCCUGCAACAGCCCUUUCCCCACCCAGCAGGAGGAAGUGUGGGGCAGACCGAGGUCCCUGUGCCUCUUUACUCAGUUCCUGGGACUGGUGGCAGCCUGGCCGUGACAGGGACUCCUGGAGGAGGAGCCUGGGAGGAAACCCAGCAGAUACACCCACCCGUUGGAGAGAACACAGUGUCUCAAGGAAGUUUCCAGCAUCCUGAUGGUCAAAAUGUUGUUUCCCAACCCCAGGUGCCAGCGAUUCCCAGAUCACGAAAUAAUUCUGAGAGUUCCACUGUUUCAGUCAAGGAGGAUGAGGAGGAGUCCUCCGAUGAGGCAGAUAAAAAAUCUUCCCAAAGCCUGGCACAGAAAGAAAAGCCAGGAGACGAGAAAGAGAACAUGAAGAGCUCCGGGUUUGGCUGGUUCAGCUGGUUUCGCUCGAAGCCCACCAACAAUGCAUCCGCCUCUGGAGAAGACUCAUCUGACAGUCCCAACUCUGAGGAGACCUCCAGAGCAUCUUCUCCCCCUGAGGCUGGCCCUGGCUUCACACUGACCUCUCUCCCGGAGCCCCAGUCUCUGCCGGACACCUUGUCUGGAGCGACAGGCGAGGGCCAAGUCCGAGGAUCAGCGUCCGGUGGGAGAGCAGCUGAGGGCGCUGGGAGUGAAGGCCUGUCUGGGCCUGAGGCUGUUUCCUCUGAGCUUUACUUCAACCCUGGUGUUCUGCUUCCCCCAACUCCCUUGAAAGGAAGUGUUCCUCUCUACAACCCAUCUCAGGUCCCCCAGCUCUCCAUGGUUAGUAGUUUGAACCGACCGAAUCGCCUAGCUCAGCGCCGCUAUCCAACCCAGCCAUGAUGAUAAUGGCCACCUGUCCCAGGCUGGUCUCCUUCCUUGAUUUCCAACCCCUCUGCCAUAUUGGGGCCCCCCAGAGGGUCCUGCUGGCCUAUUGCCUUCACUGGGACAGGGUCUUCCAGGACACAGCUCAGUCCAGUCUCAACAUUAGCUUCAGAAUGAUGGCUAGUACCACGUCGGAUGGAAAAGCUCGGUAGAACAGCAGACCGGAGGUGAGCAGGAUGCCAUGGCGGGAGCAUUCAGGAUGGUAGCUUCAGAUCCUCAGGAGAGUCAAGCGAACUUGGAAUUCCCUCAGCUGGAAUCAAGACGAAUCCACUGGGCUUUGCGGCAGGAAAUUAUUUGGGGGAGGCGCCCAGAGCGAUAUUCGUGACCAAUGUUGAUGCAUUCCUCAGUCUUAGUUAGAGACCAAUUCACAGCUCUAGUUAGCAAAGUUUAUAUGCUGAAACUUGAUUACUGCUUCCCAGCAGAGCUCCCUCCUCACUGACAUUUCAGCAGUUUCCCUCUUGGUCCUAGUUUUGUGCACAUUUUUAUGUGCUUCAGAUUAAUUAUAUUUCUCUCACUUUCUUAGCUGGUCCUAUUUUUUCACAUUCUGGCAUCUGGCUAUCAAGUUAGAUUGCUGUAGGCAUCAUAUUGUCAUGGUAACUACUGAACCUAAUGAUACAGAUGGAUGGAACAUCAGUGUAAUAAAUGAUGGGAAAUGUUUCCUAAAAAUUCACCCCUUCCAUAAGAGAGGAGAAUGAGUGCCUUCGAUAGUGUUAAUACCACCCUUCCUACCUCAGGCCUUUGCAAAUGGAUGUUGGGAGGGUCACUGGAGCCAGAGGGAGGAGGGGGACAUCUUGGAAAUUUCCAGUUCUCUUUUCAAACCCAAAAUAGGGAUGACUCUUGCUGUUUGUCAGAUUUGCUGAAAAUUGCUCCUCACAAAGAAAGUUUUUUCUAUGUGUAAUUGUACAUAUGGGUUUUGUACUCUAAUGUACUACAGUUCUGAUGUUGAUAGUGAUUAAACCAGAUAAUUUUAUAGCAAA